UAUAGAUUACUGGCAAUUCAAGUCGAAUCGAAAUAUUUCGAACCUCUUUCAUUUGGAACAUAUAUGUCAAUAAUGGAUUGUCACAGCAAUGUUGUACCACGUACACCACCGCCGCCGUAUGUAAGUAUUUUUGGAGGGAUUUCGAAAUAUGGGAACGACUCAUUUCGGAAAUUUACUCUUCCAAUCGAAACAGAAAGACAUAUUUUGUGCCAAAAGUUUUUAUAUUGUGUUCAAAAUGCGUCGAAUUUACAAGUAAUUCGAAUAGCUCAAUUGAGAAAUCAGAAUUGACUCAAUUUGUUUGCACUAUAUUUUUGGAGUUCCGUGAGGCCACCACAGUAUCUACAUUUAUCUCAACGAAGUGAUCGAGAUCAAGAAGAAAAUCAUUGAUGUUCAGUCAAAUUUGCCAUUGUUUUUUAGCGAUUGGAUGAAUGAUUCGCUGGCCAGUACACCAAAAUGUCCUCCAGGUUUGGGAUAUUUGACGCAGAUCGACCAUUUAAUGGUAAAAGAGCGGGUCCAUUUUCUGGCACCAAACGAUACAUUCACCGUCAAAAAUUCCGCCGGACAAAAUAUUUAUUGGGCGACUGAAGAGCCAAAUUGCUGUGCCCGAGGAAGCUUUGGCGCAUCUCGUCCGUUCGACGUGAAAAUAAUGAACAUUCAAAGCCAAGAAGUGAUGUAUUUUUAUCGACGCAUCGGUGUUGGUUAUCGUGAUUCAAUCGAAGUAUCAGCACCUCUUGGUAAAGUAAUCGGACGCGUCAAAGAAGACUGGUCAUUUCUAAAUCAUAGCUUCACAGUUAAAAAUCAUGAAAAUACACCUGUUUUACGAAUCGAAGCGCCAUUCUUCAAAUCAAGUCCCUUUGGUGAUGCUGAAUUCAAAAUUCUUCUAAUGGAUGGCACUCAAAUUGGAAGAAUAUCCAAAAAAUGGGCGGGAUUAGCUCGUGAACUAGCCGAUGGACAUUAUUACGGUAUAGCUUUCCCAUUGGAAUUGGAUGUUCGAAUGAAAGCUGUGCUGCUAGGCGCUUGUAUUAUGCUUAAUUCCAGAUUCUAUGAAAGACUCUAAAGACGGAAGUGAUUUUUAUAGGCAAAAUAAUUCAAUAGUUAAGAAUUCUUAGCCUAAGCUAUUUUUAAGGAAAAUUCG